AUGGCACCCGCCGCAAUUACUCCUCCUGUUCAGUCAGGAAAUGAGCUCGACAGCGCUGCCGUUGCACGUAAACUUGCUCAGACCGCACCAGAACUAGUUAAGAAUGGAAAAACCGAAAGCACUCUCCUUCCAUUGGAUGCUUCCAAGUUGAAGUUCACGAGAACUUCCACUCCAAUGACCGUCCCGGCGCCAGGAGAUCCAAUCAUCGCCACCGCAUCUCAAUGUACCGACCACAUGAUUGCCGCUGUCUGGAAAGCAUCAGAGGGUUGGUCUGCUCCAGAAUUAAAGCCAUACGGAAACUUCUCCCUUCCCCCAACCGCAUCCGUUCUCCACUACGCCACCGAAUGUUUCGAGGGAAUGAAGAUGUACCGUGGUUACGACGGAAAGUUGAGACUUUUCCGACCGGAUUGCAACUGCCGAAGAAUGGUUAUGUCAAGCGUUAGAUGUUCUCUUCCAGGAUUCGACCCCAAGGAGCUCGAGAAGUUGAUCAUCGCUAUGGUUGCUGUGGAUGGUCCAAAGUGGCUCCCAACACCUGGUACUUUCUUGUACUUGAGACCAACCAUGAUUGGAUCUGCUGGUGCAUUGGGAGUUGCCACGCCAAAGGAAGCCACUUUGUUCGUUAUCUCAACCUUCAUGCCACCUAUGGAUCAAAAGACCGGUUUGAAACUGUUGGCCUCUACGAACGGUGUUCGAGCCUGGCCAGGUGGAUUCGGUUACGCCAAGUUGGGUGCAAACUACGGACCUAGUCUGUUAGCCAAUGGUGAAGCCCGAGAGAGAGGAUACGAUCAAGUUCUCUGGCUGUUGGAUGGCAAGGUUACCGAGGCUGGAGCUUCCAACUUCUUCGUCGUAUGGAAAACCCAAGAAGGAAAGACCCAGCUCGUCACUGCGCCACUCGACGAUAAAAUCAUCUUGGAUGGUGUUACGAGAAGAAGUAUCCUCCAGCUUGCUAGAGAACGUCUCACGGAUGGCAAGAGCGGUCUUGAGGCACUUGAAAUUGUGGAGCGAAACUUCACUAUGGAGGAGGUUCGUGCGGCUGUCAAUGAGGGAAGAAUCAUCGAGGCUUUCGCCGCUGGCACAGCUUUCUUCGUCUCUGCCGUCUCUGUCAUAAACUACAAGGAGCAAGACCUCCAAAUACCAAUGGCCCUCGGAGAGAUGGGAGAAUAUGCAUCGCUCAUCAAGAGCUGGUUGGUGAACAUCAUGUAUGGAAAGGAACAGCACGAGUGGGGUGUUGUCGUUGAGGAGGAGAAACUAUGA